GGAGUCUUAUCAGGGGAAGCAAAAUGUCUGCGAGACUGGUAAUGGUUCAAGUUCAUUCACAUUUUAACUAUAAUAACGAUGGCGCUGCCGCUCGCCGGCUCCGGGCUGAUGGGGAUGAUGGUCGGGACUGUGUUCGCUGCCGGGGAAGGGAAGAGUAAAAGCUCAGGGACACUUUUCAGGAUCGAUGAGUUGCCAUCUUUGUAUACUACGCCAGAGCCACAGUCCAGAUUCACUGACCCCGAGCCAGGCCAGCUGGAGCACGGUGUUGCAGCCCUGAGAGAAAUGGUGGAGCCAUACACCAGCCAGCUCCAGAAAACCAGUCUUUCUGCCAGGGGGAAAGUGGAGGAGGUUUAUAAAACAGUGGAGCCCACCGUGAAUGGUACCAUCAGGACAGUCAAAGAUGUAUACCAGUAUCUGAGCGACCCACCCCCUGAGCUCUACCCCAGUGUAGGAGUGGUCGGAUUCUCUGGCUUCCUGGGGCUCUUCCUGGCCAAAGGUUCCAAGGUGAAGCGGCUGGUGUUUCCAGUCAGCUUGAUGGCUUUGACUGCAUCCAUGUUCUAUCCUCAACAGGCUGCUAACCUAUUCAAGGGGAGCAGGGACUCUGUGCUGGGCUGGGGGCGGCAGGGACGGACCACCCUGGAGGAGCUCUGGAAGGAGCCCCCCUUCCUGAAGAAGAAGACGGAGAAGAAGGAGAAGCCAAUUGAGGAGAAGGACGCCCCAUCCAGCUGAGGGGGACAUGCACAAACACAUACACACACACGCGCCAAUAUUGGUGCACACACACAGACACAGACACACACACACACACACCCACACACACGCCUGAUGGAACUGUCCUUAAUUUUAGUGAUUUCAUGUCUCACUCAAACAAGUGUUUGGGAAUGUUAAUAAUAAUAUAUUCGCCAAAUCUUGGCAGGCCGCUUGUGUCCGCCGUAGGAAAAUUAGAGGGACGGUAGCUGUUGCUGAUGUGUCGUUUGUGUUUGAGUUUCUUGGUGAUGUUAUUCCCAUCACUGCCAUGUUGCACUAACCCCCCGCACCCUUUUUUGUCAUGUUUUUGUCAUAUUUUUGCCACUAUUGAUGCAUCACCAUGAGACCGUAUACGGUAGAGGACGGGCCGACUGCCCACACCUCCGCUGGUUGCAUUACGUUGAAUGUAAACUAAGUUAAAGUCUGUGUAAUUAUCUGUUAAUCUAUUAUGAGGACAUAUAUGGCCCUACUACAGCCCCCCCUCCCACUCCCCAAAUACACUGUUGCCAAAUCAUGCAUCCGGUUCUUUACUUUUAUUUAAUGCCGGCCACUCUUCUGUGAUCCAUGGCCAGUACCAAGGCAUGCGUGGGAGGUAUCCUAGUCUACACUAGAGAUUAGUCUCGUUGGAAUACAGCUGACUGAUUGUGCCAACACAAGCAGUGAAGAGUGUAUUUCAGUAAUCCGAUGACGUCUUCUCUUUCUUCUUUUUUCCCGUGAAGCAGGAAGGGGAAAGGUUUAGAUAAACCUUUCUGUAUGGCACGCACGACUUUCUAGCAAUUGUUGAGGUAACUUGAAGGGGGUGAAUAAAGCAAAGCGGGGGAACCACAGCGAAUGCAUGGGAGGAAAUGCAGGCCGCAUAGGUCAGGCUGUUUGCUAUGCGGGUCUGGUCUGCCUCUAGGAGUAAGGCCUGCCCUUCCUUCAGCUGCCUCUCAGCCACAGAGAGCCAGAGCUGAAGGAAAGUUGUAGCUCCACUCACAGAGCAGUCAAUCUGUAUUUUGCUUUCCAGAGCUGGGUGUGUGUGUUCUUUGAGAGAGAGAGAGAGAGAGAGAGAGAGAGAGAGAGAGAGAGAGAGAGAGAGAGAGAGAGAGAGAGAGAG